AUGGAACUCUCAGCCCAAGACGCGCGCACGAUCGCCGAGAACCGACUCAAGGGUAAAGCUCUCCACACCUCCUCUCGUUAGUCAUCCACUCGACCUCACCUGACUCUAGACCUCGCGUUGCUCCCCCUUCCCCUCGCUCGGUCGCAGCCAAAGCCCGCGUCCAAGAACGAGAACGCCACCUCGUCGCCGCCUCGUCCUCGAUCCUCAACGCAAACGCCAAACGACCGCUCCAAGUCGUACCCGCUUCCUCGACCUCCCCAACCGCACCCAACACCCGACGAACGCACGCGACGAACCCCACUUGGGGCACCACGACCUCGUCGAAUGCGUUGCAACAGGCUUUGGCUUCGGGCAGUGGGCAGCAGGUUGGGGUCACGCAUUUUCAAGGCGCGGAUAAGAAUGCGCCGUUGAAGAACAUGAUUGGGAAUUACAUAGAGUGAGUGGGGGAUCCUCCUCGACCACCGAUGCACGAACGACGUCAUCGAGCCGAGCCCGAGUUCGGUCAAGGGAAGGGAGGGGUGACAGAACGAUGGCUACUUUACUCGAGCCACCGUGUAUGGUAUUGAUCGCUUUCAUACUUUGCACUAGAUACGACCUCGCGACGGUCAAGAACUCGAAAGGUGGUUUCUUGCUCGACAACGAAGAGGACGAUCCACGCAAGAUCAGAGCCCGGCAGAUGGAAGAGGCCCUACGACAGAAACGCAUAGAAAACGCCCAAAAACAAGGCCAACUGCGGGAACCGAGUUGAGUUUCUCACGGUACCACUGGUGGUAAUGCGAGCACUGACCUUGUCUCACCCCCACUUUCCGAUAGAGAUGGCGCUGGAUCAGCAACAUAACCCGAAAUGCCGCCACUGCGGAUCGAUGGACCUCGAUACCCAACUCCGCACCAUCUUUGGCGUCUUCGUCUGCGCCAAACACAAAGCCGAACUUCCGGACCUGUAUUCGUUAUUGACCAAGACCGAAUGCAAGGAGGAUUACCUCUUGACCGAUUGUGAGUCCACGCAUGAUCUUCAUCAGAAGAGGGUGUAUGGAGCUCAUGCUGAUGGCAUAGGUUGCCCGCAGCCGAACUACGGGACGAAGAACUCUUACCCCACCUCUUACGGCCCAAUCCACAUCGCCCAACGUACAGCAACAUGAUGCUGUUCCUCCGCGUCCAAGUCGAAGAAUUCGCCUUCUCGGAUAAGAAAUGGGGGUCCCCCGAGGCCUUGGACGCCGAAUUCGAAAAGAGGGAAGCGGAAAAGAUCGAUAAAAAGUCCAAGAAGUUUGCGCAGAAGUUGCAAGAAUUAAGGAAAAAGACCAAGACGAACGUGUGGCACAAGAGGGUCGAGGGGGAGCAUGAACAUCACUUUGAGGAAGGGGAGGGCGAGGGCGUGCAGGUUUGUUCAGAAUGUGGGUUCAAGGUUGAGGUGGAGACGUUUUGA